AUGGGUGAAGACUGUCGUCCAUGUCGAGACGUGAAGGUGGUUCCGUACCUUAUCAUGAAUUGUGUACCACCGCGAAGACUGAGUCGUGCUGAAAAUGCCGAUGGUGUGUUCGGCAACCGUGGAGGAAUGAGAAACGCGGCCGGGCGGCUGAUCACCUGCUUCAGUAUGCCGCGUGUCGUCUGGCGCGCCGUGCGUGGAGGCGUUGGGUUCGAGACGCCACCGUUAUCGCGUUCGAGUUGUGAAAUACCUGAGGCAGCUGCCGUUGAUUGGCGUCGAAAGGCGGAAAUUAAAGGACCCGAGGUGAAGAGCGUCAAGAUGGGCCCGAUUAGCUCGCCCAUGGGCUCAGUGGCGAUGGGUGUAACUUAUAGAACGCGAUUAGCACUGAGUCCGCACAAACUCGAGCGCUCAGCGCCUGUGAUGCUAAAAAGUGAUCAUUUUGAGGCCGGAAGUGAUGAGCGGGCGACUUCCUCCUUCGCCGGCACCACGUUUGCACGUGGAGAUGAAACCAGAAAUUCGGACAAGAAUCCUGUCGGUUGGUUCGAGAAGCAGACGCUGUUGUCCCGGAAAAACUGUGGUGCUUUCGUUGACUUCGACGAGUCGUCGACAGAGUGCCUCGUGCCAGAUCUGACGGCGUCUUUCCCGUGGAUUGCCGAAUCGAGUGGAAGUAGUGGCUCCUCAUCCAAGACGGAUUCGUCCCGUCCGAAUCCUUCAAGUUCUGGACCCAUCGCCGUGGCUCCAACCAGUGGAUUGCGGAGAACACGGCCAUCCGGUGACAGACUUUCCGUUGCUUCGUCCUCAGAAAGUCCACCUCCUGAAGAUUUUGUUGUCGUUAGCACGAGUCCGCCGUUUGCCUCAAGGGAUUCCGACGUCGAGGAUCUCCCAGCUUUCUACGAUGCGCUCAGCGUAGCAACGAAAGUUCCGUUGCUCUCCUCGUUCGAUGACCAGAUCGAAAGCGUCGAGGAUCAGUUGAAAAGUUUAGAAUUCGACAAGAAAGAGUUCGAUUCUUUCGUGAAUGAACUGAGCUCGCGUGAGGAUAUGACCGUCAGUGAAGCCACGGCUGCAGAAAUGUCGGACGAAGAAUGUGAUGAACCCAAAAAGGAAGAAAGAGGUGGAGGAGGGAGAUUACAUGCAGCUGUCCCGAUGCCAUUACGAUCCACGUCGCUUUGGAUUUCUUGUUGAAUUCGGUUGGAUCUCGUGUAGCCUUCCGCGAAAGUUUCGUGUGUUUCUUGCGAACAUUUCUUUCUUCUUUUUUUUUUUUUGCUUCCUAGUGCCUCACCUUUAUGUUUUGGAUUCUUCAUUCGCGAGUUUCGGAGUGUGCGAGAUGUGCGACCCUCUUGCGAUGUUUUCCCUCCUUUGAAAUGAGUAGGCUUCUUUUUUAUGAGCUGCGUUGAAUUCACGUGCCUGAAAUUUGUGCGCCUAGGAUCACUUUCGGUGAGAUUUGGCAAACUCUUACAGGGAAGUUGGUGAACGCGUUCAGUUUCUCACGCCGGAUUUGAAUUUUCGAAUAUCGCUUGUUUCCGGAUGCGGUGUAAUUUUUUUCGAAUCAAUUUUGUUUUUCGAAGGCCAAGUGUUCUUGGCGCUUUUAUUUGCGGAGCCCCAUUUUUGUUGGUUCUUUUGGGAUUAUUUACCGUCGGUAAAUGCCUUUUGUGCUGUGAUUGAUGGGGUGGUUAUCUGAAGGAUUCGAAAAUUAUAUUCCAGAAGCGUGACUUUAAAAAGCUGGGGCCUUUCAUUUGUGAGCGCAGGCGUAAAUAUGCUGAGACGAUAGCUAUUGAGGUACGAUUUAUUUUAUUUUGUGGGGAUGAGGGGUGUCCUGAGGAGACUUAAAAUAAAACCUUACAUUGAUUACUCCGUCAGA